AUGGCAGCAAAAUCUGUGACCCGACGGCCGAUCCCAGGUCAUCGCGCGCAACGGCGGCAUCGCGCCUUGAACUCGCUCUCGCUGCUGUCACACCGUCUUUAUUCCUCCACGUCAGACCUCUUCAACAUCUUGUUCUUCGGACGUGAUGAGUUCUCUUGCCUGGUCUUGCAGCAGCUGCUGACAGCCAAAGAUGUCUGGCAGGACAUCCAAAUUGUCACACAGCCUGACACUAAAGUCGGUAGAAGGGGCUCCAAGCUGUCUGUCUCACCCUUGAAAUUGCUUGCAGAAGAUGCGCGGCUCCAGGUGCACACCAUUCCCCAUGUGCGGUCCGAGUUCAGGACAUGGAAGGCCCCGCCUCCAUUCACGUUUGACACAGAUGCUAGACCAAACCCUACACCUGCCCCCAACCAUCUCCUUGUGACGGCCUCUUUCGGACGUAUCCUCCCUAAUCCUCUGCUCGCUCUCUUCCUUCCCACAAGGAGAUUGAACGUGCACCCUUCGCUCCUCCCUCUGUACCGCGGUCCUGCGCCGAUACAACACGCACUCAUCGACGGUCGGCGGGAGACGGGUGUUUGCGUCAUCGAGAUGACCGAACGGAAGAAGGGCAUAGACUCCGGCGCGAUUUGGCGCUCCGAAAGGAUGGCAUGUCUACCCUCUCGACAGUAUCCACCCGUGGGCAUACCGGAUACAGCUGACUUCCCGACUCUGCGCGACUCACUCGCGCGUACGGGCGGUCAGCUUCUCGUCUCAGUCUUGAGGGACAUGCUAGCGGGGAAGGAUACCCGAAUACCACAGCCCGUAGACCCAGAUGCGCCCCGCGCGCCACUCAUCACCGCGGAACACUCGAUGAUCGACUUCAGGACGAUGACUGCGUCUCGCGUCGUCGGAACCCAUCGUGCUAUAUCCCAUCAGAAACCGAUGGCAGCCAUGCUCAAGAUUGGUCGUACGCUGCAGUUGCACAAUCCUUGUGUCCUCACCGAGGUGUACGCGGAUAUCGAGAACCACCUGCCGACGGAGGGCACGGCAAAGUUCCAUCCGCCCAGCGGCGCUAUCGUCAUCCGUUGCGCUGAGAACACGUACCUGAGCGUUCCACAGGUCCGACAGCAAGACCGUCAUUUGCUUAAGGCGAAGGAGUGGUGGAAUGGCGUCAAGCCGGAGAUGCGAUUGACUGAAGGCCUGGAAGGUCCUGUGCACUUCGUUCCCUUCGAUUCGGUUACCAGGAAACGUUAG